GUUUUAUGUGGAAUUGAUUUUUUAAAUUUUGGCAGAUCCCCAAUUGUCCCCCUUUUGUAGAACCCUAAUUUUUCCCAAAAUCGGCGAUUUACACCGAUUUCUUCUCUAUUUGGAUCUCUAAUUGGCCGGAGCAUUACAUUUGGCCUCAGAGCUAGACCUUCCUUGGCAUUAUUAGAUCCAAUUUUUGAUUUUCCGCUCAAAAUUGACUCUGAUUUCUGGUUCGAGAAAGCCUCUGAAACCCUCAAUUCCCAAAUCAUCUUCUUCAUUUCCCUCUCUGAAAAUUUCGUCAAACCCGUCUUCCCUUUCAACAAAUCCAAUUCCAGUGACAAAAAUGACACGAGCUAGGGCUGCUGUUGAUGAAUCAGUGAAGGAAUCAAACAACGACGCCAACCCUUCUCGUCUCGAGGGCCUUGAAUCGCGUAUGGUGUCCUUGGAGUCGAAGUUCGAUUUGUUAAUGGCAUCCAUGGCAGAUCGUGACGCCAAAGUCGACAAGAUGAUGGAGUAGUUCCAGCCGAUGAUGCCACGUAACCCGGAGAAGGCGCCGGUGUCCGAAGUUUCAUCGCCGACGUCCCCUACACCUUACCGGCCGCCGUUUUGCACAAGUCAAGGCUGAGAACACUCGAGCCACAUUCAAAGCGGCCAUGGAGAAGGGAAACGGACGCUCCCCAGUCAACGCCAUGCACGUGGAACAGAACAACCACACACGCAUCGGCAACUCGCCUGGUGAUGGCCUUCCACCAGAUUUCAUCACUCCCGGAGGGUCUCAGGGUGAUAACAACCCUUGGGGACACCAGACUUAUCGGUGGUACCACCAUCCCCGACUGGAUUUACCGGUGUUUUCUGGCGACGAACCACAGAAUUGGUUGCGCAAAUGCCGUAAGUAUUCUCAGAUGCAUCACAUCCCGGAGGCAGAGAUGGUGGAUUCUGUGGAGCUGUUUCUCGAUGGAAAGGCAGAUACGUGGUUCCAGGGGGUCAAGACUGCCUAUGGUGUGGUGAACGGUACAAGCCUGGACAUGUUUGCAAGUUCGGACAGGUAAAUGUGAUGCUGUGUGAAGAAGUAGCCAAGGCAAAUGUCUUUGAAAAUGCACUAUGGACCAUUGACGGUGAAAUGGUAGAGCUGAGCGAGCUACCUCAUGAUGGUUAAUGCUUUCAAGCUGGCAGCUUCUGAGAUUUAUCCAGGAUGCUGCAUUUUUCAGGUUGCUGAAAUGGUGUUCCUUUUGGAAUCUGUUUGGUUCGAGUAGUACUUAUUUAUGCGAAUAAUUUUGUUGUUUAGUUUUGUUCCAUUGACUAUAUCCUAUGGGUAGUGUCUGCUUAGUAGUAAGCUUUAUGUCAGUUUUACUUUUCAGUUUGAGUUGUAACCUUGUAAAAAUAGUGUUGGGGACAACACUGUUUUUAGUGGAGGGGUUUGUCAUGGAUUCUCAUAAUCCAGGGACUCAAUUGCUUUAAUUUAAUAGGCUAAAGGUUGUUAUGUAAAUAUGCCAACUACCAAACUAUAUAUAGUCUUGGUUGGGGCUAAAUUAUCAUUAUGGAAGAGUUUUAUGUGGAAUUGAUUUUCUAAAAUUUGGCAG